AUGUCUGUUAUACGAGAAACUGUUUGUGGCAUCAACGCUCAGCUUGAUCGCCUUCAACAACAGACUGCCAGCUCGCAGAGGUUCGACGCCACGGAUUUAUCCACCGAAUCUCUUGAGUCAAUCGGUCAAUUGCAAGAUCUCAUCAACUCGAUUUCGGUGACUUCCAAGACCCAAUCCCUUCUCUCUCCCAAUCGGUUGGCAGACUUACUUUCGGAUACUUUCUCUCGCCUCCAAGUACAGACCACUUUAGGCGAAGGAAAUAGUGCACCACUCUCGGACUAUGUCUGGAUAGUGACUGCAAAGGCUGCCAUUCAGGCAUCAGGACUGGUCAUGAACACCCUCCUGGAUCAAACACUCCAACUUCAUGAUGAGACCUAUUACUGGGGUGAGAUGCUAGGAUCUGUCUGGUAUAGCGGUCUGUAUGCCGUCCAGAAAUCGCCAGCGCAAUUCUGCCGGUGGACGAAGGAUGCAUGCGUCGCUCAGACCUAUCAAGGAGCCCCAUCCAUCACUGCUAGGUGGACCCGCUUUUACCAGAUUGCCCGCCAAAGUGCGUGGAAACUCGGGGGACACUCCAUACGCGCCAAAUUGCUAUCCCCAAUUAGAUCAUCUCGGGCAGAAAUGCGACAGAAACGAGACUUGCUCCUGGAAAUGAAAGACCUCCAUACCAGCAGCCUUGGCCUUGUGAUGGAGGGAUGGCAUCUUUUUGAAGCGAAUGACUCUGCGAGUUUAUACCCCGGGACCAUCAAUGCACAAUGGUGCGAUGCAAUUCACAGAGCAGUGGUUCUAAUCGAAGCCAUUUUUCAGCAGAUAGCACUUGAGCCUAGCACUCACGAAUUGGAACAGGGAGUACUUGCCACUCUGGAGAGGGAUAUUAACAACAUUGGAAUGCACACACAGGGGGGAAUUCAAUGCAUAAACCUUUGGAUUUGA